AUGGUGUUGAUGAUGCGUGCGCCGUAUUUUUCCCCCGUCGUCGCGCGUCAUCAUAAUUCCUUUUCCGAGAAAGUCCCGAACGCUUCGUCUGCCUUCGGCCACGUAACGACCAACGCGAACACCAACUUUAAAAGAAGAAGACGAACGACAGAGAAUACUAAGAACAAGAACAACAACAGAAGAAGAGGCACUUUGAUCGUGCGAAACGGGGAUUUAGGCGGCAAUUACGGCGACUCCUUCGCGGACGUGGACAACUUACUGGUCAAUUAUUUCACCUUCAAAGCGUUGAAGUCCUCCUUAGCGCAGAUGCAAGAGACGGAUUUGAGCCCGGGAAAAGGCGAGUAUAAAUGGCUGUAUAAUUUUGCCAGCGUGAACUAUAAAAACGACGGACAGAAAUUCAUACGAGCGUUAUUCGCGGAAGGAAGAAGAGAUCACGCGGAACGAUUGAUUAAGCAGAGGGAGGAUUUGCUUCAAAGAUGGAUAAAACGCUUCGCGGAUACCGGCGGAUUAGACUGCGGCGUAAAAAUGAACCGAGAGAACUUGAGUUUGUUGCGAGAACACAUGAUGAAUUCAGUCUCGUUUGCCGAGGAAGGGGUAGGCGGUAUUGAUUUAGACGGGAGGGGCAUGGACGAUGCCAAGGAUGAAGGAGAGGCCGGAGAAGACGAGGAGUGCGAGGAGUGCGAUUUGCAGUCUUAA